UUCAGUGACGGCCGGUGUGAUGGGCUGCAGUGGUUGUGUGUGGGGCCGGGGGUUAGCAGUGGCGGGCUGACGGGAGAGUGGUUGGGAUCUGGCUGCAGACACAGUUAGUUAGGGGAGGGUGUGUGUGACAGACCGGGAGGCGAGCUGGGCUGGAUCCUGGCUGGUUGACCUCACUCAUUCGCAGAGUCCGGGACGAGUUUGCCUUCUUGCCGAAGUUUGGCUCUGGGGCAGGCAAAAGAUUGCGUUUGUCGAUCCCUCGGUUGAAGCCAGGGGGAAUGUGUGACUGACUGCAUCCUUCUGGAUUUAAAGGUAGUGGUGAUUCUGUUCCGCACGUCAGUGGGAAGGGGGGAGACGCUAGUGGAUAUCGGAGGGUGUCUACUCGACUCGAAAAUGUUUCAACGGUUCCACAAGUAGGUUGGAGUGAAGUCACUAAAAUACUGACCCAACUAAUAUUUCCAGGACUGGUGCGAAAGUGGUUAAACGCGUAAACCUCCUUCACUACCACUGAAAUCAGCUAAUUCCGACUCUGGAGUGCUGAUUUCGUAUCGUGAUACAUCAAACGUCGAGGAGACCGACUUCGAGACUGCAUGUCUACUGAAGACCAAUUAUGGGAGUUGGGUUUCGGAUGGCAUCUGAGUCUGCAGUAGAAGAGUAAGUGGGUAACUGUUGAUGCUGAUUGAAGAACAAAAAGACAUGGGGCGUGUGUCCAAAUCUGAUGAGGGUUCCAGCGAUGGUUCCAGGGGAAGUUCACGCAGCUCAACUCCUCCUCCUGAUACUGACCGACUCAAGGAUAAGAUGCGCCGCCGUAUUGAAUCCAGAGACACUUGGUUCUCCCUGGAGUUUUUCCCUCCACGAACAGCCAGUGGUGCUGUUAAUCUGAUCUCCAGGUUUGACCAUAUGGCUGUUGGUGGGCCGCUCUUCAUUGAUGUCACCUGGCAUCCUGCUGGAGACCCAGGUGGUGACAAAGAGACUUCUUCCAUGACCAUUGCCAGCACAGCGGUAAAUUACUGUGGCCUGGAGACAUUGCUGCACCUAACCUGCUGUAACCAAACCAAGGAUCAGAUCACACAGCACCUGCAGAAAGCUCGUAGCCUCGGGUUGAAGAACAUACUUGCACUUCGUGGGGAUCCCCUUGGUGAUGAGUGGAAGACUGAAGAAGGAGGAUUUAAUUAUGCUAGUGACUUAGUCAAGCACAUUCGCUGCGAAUUUAGUGAUUACUUUGACAUCUGUGUUGCUGGUUACCCAACUGGGCACCCUGAGUGUGGCAGUUAUGAGGAAGAUCUCAGCCACCUGAAAGCAAAGGUAGAUGCUGGUUCAGACUUUAUCAUCACCCAACUAUUCUUCAAACCUGAGACCUUCCUGACAUUUUAUAAGGACUGUCGUGCAAUUGGAAUUACUUGCCCCAUUCUGCCAGGAAUAUUUCCCAUUCAGAGUCAUCACUCAUUGCGACAGCUGGUCAAACUCUCCAAGCUGCAGGUUCCACAAGAAAUCAAAGACGUCAUUGACUCAAUCAAGGAUAAUGAUGAUGCUAUUAGAAAUUAUGGUAUUGACUUGGCCACUGACAUGUGCAAGGUUCUACUGAAAUCAGGGUUGGUGCCAGGGCUCCACUUCUACACCCUGAACCGAGAGGUGGCAACCAUCGAGAUCCUGAAACGACUCGGACUGUGGACUGAGGAUCCUAGGCGAGCGUUGCCGUGGACCAUUAGUGCCAAUCCAAAGCGAAAGGUUGAGGAUGUCCGGCCAAUAUUUUGGGCUUCAAGACAGAAGAGUUACAUCUAUAGAACCCAGGAUUGGGAUGAAUUCCCAAAUGGAAGAUGGGGGAACUCCUCAUCUCCUGCAUUUGGUGAGUUGAAUGAUUACUACCUUUUCUAUCUGAAGAAUAAGUGUCCCAAGGAGGAAUUGCUGAAAAUGUGGGGAGAAGAAUUGGUAGAUGAAAAAAGUAUAUUUGACGUCUUCACAGCAUAUAUUAGUGGGAAGCCCAACAGCAAUGGGAUAAAGGUGGCCUGCUUGCCCUGGAAUGUUGAUGUCCUGGCAUCAGAAACAUCCCUGAUGAAGGAUGAACUGGAGAAGGUGAACCAAAUGGGAAUUCUCACCAUAAACUCCCAGCCCAACAUUAAUGCAAAACCUUCAACUGAUCCCAUUGUGGGCUGGGGACCUGAGGGGGGCUAUGUAUUUCAGAAGGCUUACCUUGAGUUUUUCACCUCCUCUGAAAAUAUAUCUACUCUACUCAAAGUUCUGAAGAAGUAUGAAAUGCGUGUGAACUACCAGAUUGUAAACGUGAAGGGUGAGAAUAUAAAUAAUGCUUUUGACAUGCAGCCAAUUGCGGUGACAUGGGGUAUCUUUCCAGGACGUGAGAUAAUUCAGCCCACAGUGGUCGAUCCCAUCAGCUUCAUGUACUGGAAGGAUGAAGCCUUUGCCCUAUGGAUUGAGCAAUGGGGGAAACUGUAUCCGACUGGCUCUCGUUCUCAACAGAUAAUUCAAGAUAUUCAUGAUCACUAUUACCUGGUCAAUCUUGUGGAUAAUGACUUUCCACUUGAGAACUGUCUCUGGCAGGUUAUUGAUGAUGUCUUUAAGUUAAAGGCAUCAGAAAAGACUCCUAGUUCUCCAGCUUGUGACUUGCCAGUGGAGCCAUGAGAUCUCAAUGUCCAAGAAAACUUGCAAUGUAAAAUGGGCCUUAAAUUCUGAUGACUGCUGGGCCUUAUGUGGGAGGAAUACCUUAUCUCAGUCUUCUGUGUGCAAACCAGGAAGUUCCUUAACUGAACAAGAAUGGACUUCUGAUGGUGUUUGGUGCUGUGUUUGCUGUGAUGCUUGUUGCUUUGCACUGUGAACUUGCAGUAUUUGUACAGUUUUCAGCAGAAGGACAGGAUUGACUAAGGUCUUAGUUCUGGUGAGGUCUGUUUUUGGGAGAUUAUCUAUUAUGUCUCCAUAUCUCCAUUGUUCUAGGGGGGGCUGAGCUCAAAUGUUCCAACUGUUAAUGUUCCAAAUGACAAUUUUACAUUUGGAGGUACUGGCGAGUACUCAGCAAGAGUUAGUAAAUCUCACCUGAAGCCUGACUGGUUUUGCCAAAUAUCCAAAGUUGUAUCAUUCAGUAUUCUCUAGUCUAAUUAGAGCAGGCAAUUUCUGUUGCUUGUUUACCUCCCUUUCCCACUUCAUACACACCUAGGGCUUGUUGCACUGUGUAAUAACUGAGACACUCACCAGAAAUGUCACUCCAAGAGAAAGGGACAUGGAACAAAUAAUGUACAUGUCAGCAGUAGAGGCAGGUGUCCCUGGUAAUAGGGGGUUGUGAUCAACACUACCUGGACCCCUUCCAUUCAAUAAUGACCCUGAGCCAAUACUAUUGUCUCACUAUAAACCCAUAUUGUGAAGUUCAGUGGUGAGGUCAGAGAGAGGGCAGGAGUACUGUGAGGAGCAAAAACUUUUACAACUCUAACCGACAGAACCAACAGCUUUCAAUUUAGAUGUACUCCAAGACAUUACCUGCCACCAGCUAUUCACUUCUUGGAUAAUUCUCAUCUCUUCCUGUUUUCAUACUUGUCUUCCAGCAAAUGUCAAAAAGACAGUAAAAAUGCUUUUUUUGCAAUGUGGUAUGAACAUGUCUUGAUAUAUCCAGGUAUUAAAAUAACACAUAACCCUGGUUUAAACUUAGUUUAGAAACAGUCUUAAAUUAGCUAAUACUGUUGAGGCAAAGCAUAUUGCUGACUGCUGAGAUGCAGUAUAUUUCUAUAACUAGGAAUCAGUGACAGUGUGGGGUCUCAGCAUAAGUAUGACUGUAAAGUUGUGUAAUGUAAAAUGUUCCUCUUCAUGGAUUCCAACACCUCCCACAUGUAGGGUCUAAGGGAAUAAUCUGAGUAGCUCUUGGGGAUGUGAAGAAUUACAUUGAUCAGGACUCCAGGAAAAGCUCCCGACUGUUCUUCCAGAUCGUGUCAUGGGAUUCUUUUAUGUUUGUCUUGAGGGUGCAGACAGCAUCUUCAAACCAACAGCAGUGGAGUACCAACUAAGAGCUCUGUGUUGAAGUCAUUAGAGAGAGAUAUAAAGUCAUGUUUUUAUCAAAGUGCUUUUAUGGGAGCUUGAAUGUAUAAAUUGGUGCUGUAUUUCUGAAUUUGAACAGAGACUUCAAAUAAAGUACA